AUGCUGCGGAUCCUCAACGAGGAUGAUGGCUUUGACAUCAACGCGCGAGAGCUCAUAAGAGUGCGCGCUCGGAAUCGAUGGCUCCUCAGAGUUCGAAACGGUGACCGAGCAAGAUCUUGUGACGCCGACAAUGAUGAUGCACUUGAAAACGAUGCCUCGCUUGAUGAUGAGGAAGAAGCAGACGUGACGAACUCGCUACCUGGUCAAGAAGCAGUAGCCUCUGGGCAGCAUGCAAUGACAAAUGCUGUGAAUUCCUUCCAAGAUGACGCCGCUUCAGCAACUCAUGUGCCCAAGCCUCGCAAGAUCAGCAAAAGACAAAGCCGACGAAAUCGUCAGCACCUCGGUGAAUCAGAAGGCAUAGUCCGGUUCCCUUCCGAGAUGACUCUGAAUGAUUCCAAAGAAGUGUUGAGUCUCGACGCGACUGCUUACGCACAAACCCGUGAAUGCUUUGCCGGAAUCUGUCAAGAAGAAUCCAUUGUUAAAAAGACCCUCGCUGGACCUGGAAGAUGGGACUAUGCCAAGAAUCUUCUGAUCCACGAGCGCCCUAACUUGCAGCAGGUCCUUUGGGUAUCCAAGGAGGACCUCGAAAGGAAACAGCUCGCCCUGGAUAUUAUCUGUACUGAUGUAACGAAGCGCUUACGCAACCAAGAGACCAAGAUGACACUCCUUGAUGCAAAGAACGAGCUGGGCCUGAACCCGGAAGAGUCUCACGACAUACGUGCUGCUUUACAUAUUGUACUCAGCGAUGCAAAGUUUACGUGCAAGUCGGACGGAACACCGGAGCAGUGGGAAGAACUGAAGAAGCAAUGGCUGGAGAAGGUCGCACUUCUCAAAAAUAUUCCCCUCGAUGGAGAAGACGAGCAGUCUCGUCGAAAGGCCAGGGCGAUCGAAAUUAUUGCUCGGGAUGUGAUUAAGAGAAAAAGGGACGAGAAGAGAGUCAAGACUGCCAAAGCUAACGAAAUGACCAAGCCAAAGGAGACAUCUCCGCACAAUGCUCAGAACAAUGACCCGCCACACGAGAUUCAAGAACCACAGUUCGUGCCUGACAGACAUCACUCCAUGCACCGCCAUCAGGUACAACAAGAGAGAGAUCCGCCUCCGGCCUUUUCUUCUGUGCAGCAAGUAGGAACGUCACGGUCCAGUCCACCUACAAGUCCAGUCGUAAUGGAUGAUGGAGGAAUGGAUAGUAACAUGGACACUUCUGGCUAUGGAUCUAUAAGCGAAACACCAAAUUCACGAAUGGAGUACACAACGCGGCAACCUGCACCACCAAACCGACCUGCACAAAUGCAGCCACAGACUUCCACUAUGUCAACUCCUCAGGGAGUCCUUCCUCAGCCUCACAGAAUGCUGGGCUCGUCUGCAAAUACUGCAGUACCCAUGAACAACCAGUACGCAUCGUCCAUGUACUUGGGAAAUCAACCCCAACCGAGCUAUAUAGAACAGCAAUAUGUGCAGCACCAGUUUGCAUCACCAGCACCCAGCACAAUGUUCCAGCCUGUCCCCGCAGUGCCAAGUUCUUUUGCUGUGUUCCUGCGACUACAUCCAUCUUCGACUUAUGUAACAAAUACAAGUCUGUGGAUUUCCACAAUGGCUUCGCAGUCAAUUCAAGAACUACGACAGACGGCAGUUGCCAAGUUCCCUGGUGCGCUGUGUGUUCGCAUCGAGGGUAUCAUAAAGGACCCCAAAGGCAACGAGCUGCCGCUGCAGAUUCAGGGUGAUGACGAAUUGGGUGCCUAUUUUGCACAUAUGCAAGGCGGCUCACCGACGUUCUCUGUUCAGCUUGUCUAA